UAUGAUUGUUAAAUUGUUCAAAUAAAAAAAAUUGCUGAAUAAAUGGAAAUUUACAAUAAUAUAAAAAGAAAGAUAUGAUAGUAAAUUAAGUAAACAUUGUUCAAAUUACAAUAUAUAUUGCAUAUUCACCUAUUAAAUUCGCGAUAAACACUUAAAAACAUUAUGGACGAGCACCAAGUAGCAGAUUUAGGUAGUAGCAGCAUGAUGGAACAAGAUACAAGCAAUAUAGAAAGUAAAGAAGGUAUUAAACACUAUACGAGGGGUCGAGGUCAAGAGGAUUAUAGUAGCAACAUGAUGGAACAAGAUACAAGUAAUAUGGAAAGUAAAGAAGGUAUUAAACACUAUUCCAGAUGUAGUAGUGCGGGUAGUAUACAUACACCCAAUUCCUCGCCUCACAAUACAGAUGACGACGAUGAUAGUGGUGAUAAUUGUAGUGGUCGAGUUGGUUCAUCGGCUACUUCUACUUUAAGCUAUAAAGAACGACGUCGUGAAGCUCAUACACAGGCUGAACAGAAACGACGUGAUGCCAUUAAGAAGGGUUAUGAUAGUUUGCAAGAACUGGUGCCUACAUGUCAGCAAAAUGACUCGGCUUCAGGUUACAAGUUAAGUAAAGCGCUGAUUUUGCAAAAAUCUAUUGAUUAUAUUGGUUAUUUGAAUCAGCAAAAGAAGAAACAAGAAGAAGAUUGUGCCGCUUUACAAAAAGAAGUAAUUGCUUUACGAAUUAUACAAAAUAGUUAUGAGCAUAUGCUGCAACAUCAGCAGGCCAAUCCGGGACCUGAAGAGGCUCGAUUAACCGAUGAGGCUAAGUUUCAAGUGUUUCAAGCUGUGAUGGACGAAAUGUUCGAAACUUUUCAACAUAUCCCUAUGGAUAAUUUUAAACUAUUGACUACUGGUGUUAUACCUUGGCUGGAGGAACACUGUAAGCCACAUAUUUUAAGAAAUAUUUUAAGUCGCACUUUGCAACAGAUGCAAGUUAAUCAAAUACAAGAAAUGCAACAGCAGCAACAAUAAAGUUAUAGUAUGGAUCAACACUAAAGCCUAAAUUAGAGGAUUACAUUAAUAUAUUAAAUGUGAAUUAAUUAAUAUGUUAUUGUAAUUAAAUGUUUUGCAAUUACAAAUACUUGAUAAUUAAAUAAUGUCAAAUUAAAUGUAAUUGUCAAUCCCUUAAACUCAUACCGUGGUGCUUUUAGUUGAUCUUUAACAAUUAACCAAAAAGUGUAUAUACAAAAAAAGCAAACAAAACGAUUUUAUUAAGAAAUUGUCAUAGCAUAUAUCUUUAUUUUAUUUCUAUAUACUUUUCUGUUAACCUUUUGCAAAAACGUUUAAUAUUUAAGCAUAAUCACUAACUAAAUUACAAUAAAUAUAUUUGGUCUAAACAGGUAUUUUAUUAAAAAAAUGUU